AUGGCAAAGGUUACCAGCCUCGCCCUACUCGUCCUCGCCGUCGCCGCGGUGUCCAUUCCCGCGCCCGCCGGCGCCGCCGGCGCGGGCAACGCCGCGCUCAAGAGGGCCGCCGAUUUCCUCGAGAAGUGGAAGAAACGGAUCGAGGACGCCAAGGACAGAUUCGAGGCCAUCGACAAGGCCACGGACGGCGAGCUGCUUCCUCGCGGUAACGACGCGGCGGCGGGGUUGUUGCCGAACGCCGUCGCCGUCGACGUCGUCAAGGCCGGGGGCGUGAACUUCUCCGUGGGCGGGGUCGACGUCACCAGCCGGGUCACUUGGACAAGCCGGUGCGGCGGCGACAGCAGCAGCCAGCAGGUGGCGUGCGGCGACCCGCUGUGCGAGAAGUACGGCGCGUGCGACGGCGGGGAUGCCCCGUCGGCGGCGGGACGGGUCUGCAACAGCGCAGCUCCGGCUGGCGUCCCGCUCCGCAAGGGCAAUAUCACCCUGUUCGGUGCCAAGAGCAAGGGAAUCUUUUCUAACAACACGGCGUACAACACGGCGUACGCGUGCCGGCCAGACGCCUCCGGCGACUACUACGCCGUCAUCGGACUCGGCAGGGGCAACAACAUCCUCGCCAGCUUCCCAAAGGAGUGGCCGCUCUUCUCCUACAUCAUCGAUGGCGAUCUUCAAGGCAGCACGGUCUGGCUUGCCCACAACGCGUUCUUGGCCCGGAGAGCGACGGCGGCGCGAGCCGGUAGCAGGAGCAUCACCCUAUUCGGCCCCGUCGGCUCCAACAAUAGCACCUACUCCGUCAAGGUCACCGGCAUCAAGGUCGGCGGCGGCGAGGUCGCCAGCGAGGCGGCCACCGGAAUCUUGAUGACCACCAUGCCGUUCACGUUCCUCAAUUCGUCUCUCUUCGACCACCUCAAGCAGGAGCUCAAGGCGGUGGCGUCACCGGUCAAUGGCUCCGACUUCGACGCCCGAUUCGGGCAGCUGUGCUACCCGAAAGGCACGAAGUUACCGGCGAUCACGCUGUUGUUCGUCGGCGAGAACGCCGGGAUGGAGCUGCAGCCGGAGCACUACUCGUACAAGAAGAGCAACGGGGUCGUGUGCCUGUCCAUCCUGAAGUCGCCGUGGUCCAACGGCUUGUCGGUCAUCGGCAGCAUGGUGCAGGCGGGCAGGCAGAUGACCUACAAACUGGACGACAACACGUUGACGUUCGACGACCCCGCGUCGGCGUCCUCCAAGCCGUCGCCGUCUACUUCUUCGUCGGUGGCCCAGGCGCCGUUGACGCCCUUCUGUCUGUCUCCUGCUUUCGCGGUGCUGCUGCUCGCCAUCAUCAUGUGA